CAAUUAAUUGUCAUUUAUUUGACUAAUCAUUGCAUUUGACACACGAUUUGUGACAUUAUUUUUAUACAACAAUUAGUGAGUAAUUAGUUGUGAAUGAAAGCAUUGAAUCCAUUCAUUUGAAUAAGAAGUCCAUCAUUUGGUGUGAAGUUUGUUUGGACGACAAAACAAACACUGAUUUUGUUGUCAAUUAAUAAUCAAAACAUUUGUUGUAUUUAUUAAUAAGCAAUCAAUUGAUCCCAAGGGCGCAGACAUGGAGACCAACAAAUUGAUUGAAUUAUUUAAGGGUACAAUUGAUCCCAAUCUUCGCGAGGACGCCGAGAAACACUUGGAUCAAAUCUACAAAAUCAUUGGUUUCGUGCCAUCGGUUCUGCGUCUAGUGAUGGACAACAGCAUCGAAAUGCCUGUCCGUCAGGCGUCGGCCAUCUAUAUGAAGAAUCAGGUCUCGCAGAACUGGGCCGACAAGACGAGUCCACCGCCCGGACAGUCAUCACAACUGGUCUACUCGAUCCACGAACAGGACAGGGCUCUCAUUAGGGACGCCAUUGUGGACGCCAUAGUGAUGGCACCCGAGCUCUUGAGAGUACAUUUGGCCACUUGUGUCAAUCAUAUGGUUAAACACGACUUCCCUUCGCGGUGGACAACAAUUGUCGACAAAAUAGCCGUUUAUUUGCAAACACCGGACCCCAGCGGAUGGAUGGGCGCACUCGUGGCUCUCUACCAAUUGGUCAAGAAUUUUGAAUACAAGAACAAUGAGGACCGGACACCACUGCUGGAAGCGCUCAAACUGUUGGCGCCACUCAUGUAUCAGCUUUUUGUUAACCUAAUGCCAGAUCCGAGCGAACAGUCAGUUCUCCUCCAGAAGCAGAUUUUGAAGAUAUUCUAUGCGUUAAUCCAGUAUUCGUUACCAUUGAGUCUAUUAACUAAAGACGUGUUCACGCAAUGGAUGGAACUCUUCAGACAAGUGGUGGAGAGGGAUGUGCCGAAUGAGACCAACAAUAUAGACAUCGAUGAGAGGCCUGAGUUGGCCUGGUUUAAGGUGAAGAAGUGGGCCGUCAGGACAUUGUCCAGACUUUUCGAGAGGUACGGAUCGCCGGGAAAUGUGCACAAAGAGUACAAAGGGUUCGCCGACUGGUAUAUAAAGACAUUCUCUCACGGAAUCAUUCAAGUGAUCCUUAAGAUUCUUGAGCAAUACGGCCAUAAGGUGUACGUACCGCCCCGUGUCCUCCAACAAGCGCUCAAUUACUUGAAUUCUGCGGUGAAUCACGCGUUUACGUGGAAACUAAUUAAGGCCCACAUGUCUGUCAUCGUGCAGAACAUACUCUUCCCUCUCAUGUGUUACACCGAUGAAGACGAGGAGCUCUGGACAACUGAUCCGCACGAAUACAUUCGCCUCAAGUUUGAUGUGUUUGAAGACUACGUGAGUCCCGUGACGGCCGCCCAAACACUUCUGCACACGUGUUGUAAGAAACGCAAAGAUAUGUUACAAAAGUCGAUGGGUUUUGCGGUUCAAGUGUUGAGUAACACUGCGUCCGACCCGCGUAUGAAAGACGGCGCCCUUCAUAUGGUUGGGUCGGUGGCCGACAUUCUGCUGAAAAAGGACUUAUACAAGGAUCAGAUGGAGAAUAUGGUCGUGGCCUAUGUGUUCCCGCAAUUCCAGUCACCGCACGGGUACCUGAGGGCCCGUUCGUGUUGGGUUCUGCACCACUUCUAUCAGAUCACGUACACCAACGAUGCGAACCUCUAUCAGGCGCUGUCGUACCUCCAGAACUGUCUGCUCACCGAUAAGGACCUGCCGGUGAAGGUCCAGUCGGCCAUUUCCCUCCAAGACAUGAUCUCAUCGCAGGCCAAAGCACAGCAGAUGAUUGAACCCAAUAUCACACAAAUAGCACUGGAAUUACUGAAAGUGAUUCGCGAGACCGAAAGCGAGGAACUGACGAAUGUUAUGCAGAAAGUCGUCUGCAAUUUCAGCGAACAAUUGACUCCAAUAGCCAUUCAAAUGACCGAACACUUGGCCAUGACUUUCAAUCAUGUGAUUAAUCCCGGCGCUGAUGAGGACAGUGAGGACAAGGCGUUGACUGCAAUGGGUAUUCUCAACACAAUCGACUCCAUCCUGAUUAUGAUGGAGGAGCAGAAGGAGAUUAUGGCUAAACUCGAGCCCAUUGUUCUGCAACUCAUUGUCUCGAUCUUCAGUCAGGAACUGAUGGAACUGUACGAAGAGGUGUUCACUUUGAUCGGAACGAUCACUUCGAGCACUAUAUCGCCAAACCUGUGGAAGGUCUUCGAAAUGAUGUAUCAGAUCUUCAACAAAGACGGCUUCGAUUACUUCACGGAUAUGAUGCCAUCGCUGCACAACUUCAUAACCGUAGAUCCCGACGCCUUUAUCGCAAACCCGGCCAACAUUUUAGCCAUUUUCGAGAUGAGUAAAGCGAUUAUGACGUCCGACACGGCGGGGGAGGAGGUUGAGUGUCAUGCGGCCAAACUCCUGGAGUGUAUUAUAUUGCAGUUCAGGGGACGGAUAGACACUUGCAUUCCAUCGUUCGUCGAACUGGCCGUCACUCGGAUGACCAAAAAGAUAGAGUCCGACGAUUUGCGGACAAUUUGUCUUCAAGUGGUGAUCGCAGCCCUCUUCUACAACACGAGUCUUACGUUUCAGAUCUUAGAUCAGUUGCAAAUCCCGAACUCUAAUCAGUCUCUCGUCAACCACUUCAUCAGCAAAUGGAUUGCAGACACGCAUUGCUUUCUGGGUCUACACGACCGCAAGAUGUGUGUCCUCGGGCUCUGCACUCUUAUGGCACUCGACUCCACCAAAAGACCGCAAGCGUUGACCGAAAUGGCCAAUCAAUUAGUGCCAUCACUGCUAUUGCUUUUCGAUGGCCUCCGAGAGGCCUAUAAGUCGAAGGCUGUCAACGAAUACGAAUCGGACUCUGAUUCCGAUGCCGUCACUGACGACGAGGGCGAUGGCGAUGACAUCGAAGACCUCGAAGAUGAUGAGGACCACGUCAGAGGUAAUGCGAAGUACCGACAGCUGGUUAUAGACUUUAAACUGAUCGAAACUAUCCAACAGAAGGACCCGAACUGGUAUAAUGUGUUGAUUUCGCCCCUCAAUGAACAGCAGCACAAGAAUAUACAAGAGAUCUAUACUCUCGCGACCCAAAGGAAAGCCGCGGCCGAGUCGCGACAGAUCGAGAAGCGCGGGGGUUAUGUGUUUGCGAACGCCAACGUUCCCACGAACUUCAACUUUGGCGGCGCCCCCCUUUCGUAACCGUAGAUAUUAUGAUAGAAUUAAUUAUAAUCUCUUUUUUAAUUUUAGUUCCGAAAUCUUAUUGAAAUGAAUAUAAUUUUGAAUCGAUUUGACGCUUAUUUAGAAUAACUAUUAUAUACAUACAGUAUAUUUAAUUGCUAUGAUUUGACAAAUGCAGGCCUAAUGAAAUUUGAAGUUAUUUUAUUUGCCAUUAAUUGCUAUUAAAAUACCAUUAAUUAAAUCUAGUUAUAUUACUGGACUUAUAUUUCGCC